UUACUUGAUACAACUAGAUGUCAUCUACAUCGCCAUUUGUGAGAAGUCGACAAGCCAAGAGCGAGCUUUCACCUUCCUGCAGCAGGUGGCCCAGGAAUUCUUCACGCAGUACGGCGACCGCGUCAAGCAGGCGACCAGACCCUACUCCUUCAUCGAGUUUGAUACCACUCUGCAAAAAUUGCGUCGGUCGGCUGGGGGACGCAGAAGGGUGUUCGGGAUGACCAGCCUUCAGUCUGAGCUGCAGGACGUCCACACCAUUUUCAGGGACAACAUAGACAAUGUUCUGGAGCGCGGUGUCACUCUCUCAGAUCUGGAAGGCAAAGGAUCGGGCUUGAGAGUGUUGUCGCAGGAGUAUCGCAAGGACGCCCAACGCCUUAACCUGCGAACAUUCUACACUAAGGCCGUGGCUGCGUCAGUCAUCGCCCUUGUUUUGAUUUUCUAUUUCUUUUUUUUGUAGACACUUUUUAGGUGACAUUUUUUGUAUAGUUAAUUUCUGAAGGUUCUUUGUGGUGGAAACCACUAAAAGUACUUUUGUAAAUUAACGAGAAAUUUAUAUUUGUGUGUGGUUAUAGGUGAAAAUUAUUUAUAUUGUAGAUUUAAAAGUCUUGUGAUACUGAAAAGAGGAUGAUAUAUUAUUUGUAAAAACAAGUUAUUUGUACUGCAGUGCAGUAUUAUGUUUUAUAUAAAUAAAACUCACAUCUGUA